UCUUCUCUAUUUCGUACUCUCCGCAGCAAUUUGAUCACAUCAAUGGCGUCUUACCUCGCUUUAAGAAGGCUUGUGUCAUCUAGCCUCAGCUCGCCGUCGCUCCUCCUCUCUCCGGAAACGACGGUUCGUGUGGUAGCACAGCCGCUGUCCUCCCGACUCUUCAAUACCGCCGCCCAUGAGUACGACAGCGAUGACUGCAAUCCAGCUGUCGGACCCCGAUCUUUCCACCGCCUUUGCUCUCCUUUCUCAGUUGAGGCAGUUGAUCCAUUAUCAUCAAGGAGCAUAAGCCAAAUCCUGAACACGAUUGACCUAUUUAAGUACUCUCCUCUUGCAUCUGGCAUUCCUCAAAACUGUGAUAUGCGGGAGACGGGCGAUGGCCUCAGUCUAAGGAUGGACAUGCCAGGAUUGGGCAAGAAAGAUAUCAAGGUCUCGGUGGAGCAGAAUACUCUGAUCAUCAAAGGAGAGGGUGAGAAAGAAUUCGAGGACGACAAGAGUGGUAGGACACACACUAUCAGGAUCGUUCUCCCUAAAAAUCUGUACAAGACUAAUGAUAUCAAGGCAGAGAUGAAGAAUGGGGUUCUGAAAGUGUUGAUACCCAAAAUUAAGGAAGAGGAGAGGAAUGAUGUUUUUCAUGUGCAAGUUGAGUGAUUUUGGGGGCUUUCUAUGGUUGGUUUUUUGUUCAUUGGAAUAAAUGUAGUGAUUGUAUAAUAUGAAUCUCUCGUUUCUUUUGUCAAUAUAAUGGUUGAGCCAUUUUCAGUGCCCAUGUA